AUGCCCGACGUUUUGUCGUAUGUCGACAAAGCCUUGAAUACAGCACACAUGGACGCGGUCGAUGCGCUGCGCGCGUUCUUUCUCCUCGCUGCUGCUACGACAAUUUCCAUCAGUCUCCCUUCCUCGCUACGAGAUCGAUUCCUCCUCUAUGGCCCGCGCGCGACAACCACUCCGCCAGACGCACAGGCCGAUGGUGCCAACUCGUCUCGACCAGACGCGCAAUCUCCAAAAGAGUCUCAGGCGCAAGACUCUCCUUCCGGAAUCGGGUUUCUAGACUACCUCGCGACCUGGCAGGUGCCGCAUAGCUAUUUCACCCAGUUCUAUGUCGCCUCCAUGGCAUCUUCGGUAUUCUGGGCAAUUCAAUUAUGCUGCCGCGGACGUGUCUUCCAAUGCAUUGUGUCGCGAAUUAGUGAGGAGCACCUGCACCAGUCCAUGACCCUGACGCAGGUGCUCAUCUGUUGGAUUCUCCUCGCGAUUCAAGGCUCUCGGCGGUUGUGGGAAUGUCUCAUUUUCGCCAAACCGUCGACCUCGAAAAUGGGAAUUGCACACUGGCUGCUUGGCGUGGUGCAUUAUAUCGCAGUGGGCAUCGCUAUCUGGAUUGAAGGAUCAGGCGCAAUCCUCACAUCGAGUCUCACCCUGGCCGAUUUCCAAUUCACAAACGCUCCGUCGUUGCGAACGUUUGCCUGCGUCCCGUUAUUCCUCAUUGCGUCUGGACUCCAGCACGACUGUCAUCACUUCCUCUUCUCGCUGAAGAAGUAUACACUGCCGGAUCACCCACUUUUUCGCGGAGUCGUGUGUCCGCAUUACGGGGCCGAAUGUGUCAUCUACCUGUCUCUUACAUAUCUUGCCGCGCCUCCCGGGCAAGUCGUUAAUAAGACCAUGCUCAGUUGUCUGAUCUUUGUGGUGGUCAAUCUGGGGCUGACGGCGCAAACCACCAAGAUCUGGUACAUGCAAAAAUUUGGUCGGCAGGCGGUGCAGGAUCGAUGGUUGAUGAUCCCGUACGUCGUCUAG